CAGCUCGCGUGCAAGUGUGUGUCGGCGCGGGGUGGAGACGACGAGAGUGGGUUGUUAUCGGUGGGAGUGGCCGCCGCCGCCUUUGCGGGAGUAGGACUGGAAGCCGAGCGGACAGCGCGGCGAGUGCAACUCGCACUAGCGACAUUUCGCCGUCAGCCUCUCAGCGAAAUAGCCGAGGCGAGCGCGAGGGAUGGCGGAGAACAACUCGGAAAGCAGCGGCUCCGUUCACCGCCGGUGCUUGAGCCAUUCUUCGGCGGACCGAAGCCCCACGCCCGGUGCGGGCUCGUCCAAAUGGAUUCGGCUAAACGUCGGCGGGACCUAUUUUUUAACAACUAGACAGACGUUGUGUCGGGAUCCCAAAUCGUUUCUUUACAGGCUGAGCCAAGCUGACCCGGAGCUCGAUUCCGACAAGGAUGAAACUGGUGCCUAUCUCAUUGACAGAGACCCUACUUACUUUGGGCCGGUGCUCAACUACUUGAGGCAUGGCAAACUGGUGCUCAACAGGGACUUGGCAGAGGAAGGGGUCCUGGAAGAAGCUGAAUUUUACAACAUCACAUCAUUAAUAAAGCUCAUCAAGGACAAGAUCAGGGAAAGGGACUGCAAAACAUCGCAGGUGCCAGUGAAGCAUGUGUACCGAGUACUUCAGUGCCAGGAAGAAGAACUGACACAGAUGGUGUCCACCAUGUCGGAUGGCUGGAAGUUUGAACAGCUGGUCAGCAUCGGUUCGUCUUACAACUACGGCAACGAAGACCAAGCCGAGUUCCUGUGUGUUGUCUCCAAGGAGCUGCACAAUCAAUCCUACGGGACAAACAGUGAACCCAGCGAGAAGGCAAAGAUUCUUCAGGAAAGGGGUUCCCGUAUGUGAGGACGACUGAGUAUUAUGAGCUGCAGGUGUUAUGAUGCAAACAUAUCAUCCUCAUGGAAGACUAUUUGGCACAAGAGGAGAUUGAGGGGGGGGGGGGGGGGGGGGGGGGGGGGGGGGGGGGGGGGGGGGGGGGGGGGGGGAGAUGGGGGGUUGUGCAUUUAUUUUGUUUCCCUCCUUUUUUUUUUUUUAAAUUUAGUUUUGAGUUCUUGAUGUAAAUAUGACUGCUUACUGACAAAUUGGUGCCUGUACAUUUCAACUGGAACUUGGGGCAGGUCUUUUUUUUUUUUUUUUUUUCUCAGCUAAUUGAAAAAACAUGGCCGUCAUAUCAGCCAGUGAUUCUCUCAGGGUCAUCUAUCUAUCUAUCUAUCUAUCCAUCCAUCUAUCCAUGUAUCUAUCCAUCUAUCUAUUGACUUAAUUAUAACCUCCAACUUGAUCUGCCAAGGGAUCUGGAUGCUCUUUGUAAUUCAAAAGCGUCACGUUGUUUGGAGAUGGCAAGAAGGGAAUUUGCAUUUAUUUAAAAAAAUAUAAGACCUGAAGUUCAACCACUUUUCUAACCUUUUCUAAGCAGCUUUACUGAGAUUUGUGGUCAUGGUACCUACUUUAUCAUUCUGUAGCGCCAUGCACUGUGUCUUCCAAUAAGGCCUCUUUCCUCCGCAGAUGCAUGUGGUGAUAAUAGUUCAACCUUUUCUCUGCACUUAAAUAAGACAUUUCUGACUCAAGAUGCAUUUUAAAAGAUCCGCUGUGUUAAAUAAUUGAAUAGGACAAAGCAUGUUUAUACAUUGGCAGUGAACUGCUUUUAUAUGCUGCAGUUCUAGUUUACAGUAAUUUCCAGUGUCAGGAACAUCAUAUUUCCCCCCAGACUGGCUUUUAUUGAUUAUAUUGUUUUUGUUUGGGGGAACAUCUCUCUUUAUAUCAUUUUGGGGGGUAGAAGUAUUUCGGGGUGUAGCGGAUUGCGGACUGGAAGUGUUUUAUUCUUUUUUUUUUUUUUUUUUUUUUUUUAAGGAGUUAACAAAUCUCUUCAUAUCCAGAGAAAUUAGUUUUGGUGUAAAUAAUAUUAAAAAAAAGAACAAUAUGUAUAUUUAACUCUUUAAAAAAAUGCACGUUUUGUACACUGUAAAGAAAACCACAACUUCAAAUGGAAGUUAUCCUGGAUCUUAAAAAAGAAAAAAACAAUUUCCCUGUUUUGCAUAGUUUGUACAGGAUUUAAGAGAUUUCUGAGUGAGAUUGAACAAGGUGUCUUUUCACUGAGAACAUGCCUCUACAUGUUUUAUUAACAAUAACAAAGCCAUACUUGGCUUUGAAGUCGACUGUUACAUAAUAUAUUUUUUUCUCCUGCCGUGUGAUCGAUUCUACUAGACAUUUUUUUAAGUGUAGUUUAUACACAGCAUUACAAGCACUACAGUGGGGGAAAAAACGACACUGUGCACAUUGCUAACAACCUGUUACUGUAAAUACUGCAAUCUAGAACUUUUUUUUUUUUUUUUUUUAAAACAUUUUCAGGUUUGAUGUGCAGUUUUGAUAGGUUGAAUAUUUCAUCACAAUUGAUCAUUUGGUGUUGCCUUUAUUUUAUUUUCUCCUUUCUUUCUUCCCUCUCUCUCCCCCCUUCCCCCUACUGACCAAAAUUCAAUGUCUUAGGUGUAUUGCACACAUUGAUCUUUUGUGUCACGGAAGAGCAAACCUUUUCUUAUUGCCGGCACACUUUGUACAUAUGGACUCGUUAACAACACUCCCAUUUAUUCACGCAUCCACUUGACUAGAGUUUCGUAAGUAUGGAUGCAUGUUUUUGAUAUAGAUGCACAUUUCCCCUCACACAAGGGCUUUUUAAGUAAAAAAAAAAAAAGUAAUUUUAGAUUAAGAAAAGGGUUCAAUUGGAGUAGACUGGAUGUCCUGCGAGUGCUAGGCUGUGUUUACAUUUGCUGUAGUAUUCUGAAGCCUUCCAAUGUUUGUACUACGUUGCACUCCCUUAUGCAUGUAAACGGUGUGUGACUUGCACCUCUGACAGACAACAAGCACUCCACGUGAAGUGAGGACAGACAUGCCGAUUGAUGUUACAACGCUCCAUCCACCCACUCGAGCGACACAGACAAUCUUGAUUUCCGCCCUCCUGUUGGCAACAUGAUAAAAACUUGCCUCUGUAGGCUCAGAACAAUUGCUUUUUUUUUUAUGGGGUGUACCUUUGCAUUGAGAUUUAUUUUUUUUUUUCUCUCCUGUUUGUGAUUCUGUAACCUAAGUGGAGAUGUUCUGACAUGGUGUUGAAACACCUCAAGAUGAUGCUCACAGCCCUUCACGGUCAUGGGUGCUUGAUCAUGUGGCAUGUGUAAUAUUUUUAGUGUGAUUGAAGAUCUAUCAAGAGCUGUAGCCUACUACUUUUAAGUGCCCUGUUUGGUUUGCAUUCAAAGUCAUAAGCCACAGACCACGAUGCAUGAGUGGAGAUGAUGUUCGUAAAGGUGUAAAAGAAUGUUUUGGGGUUUUUUUCCCCUUGAUUUGACAGAUCAAUGAUUAAUGUUCUCAUAUCACUAAAUACAUCACUUCUAUAUGAUCUUAUGCAAUGUGUAUAAACUAUGAAUAAGGUUAAGGGGAUAAAUCUAUUGUGAUCUUGCGCAAGGUAAACCCAAUAAAAAAAACGUUGUCA